AUGACUUCUAAGCAGGAAGAUGCUGCCUUGACCAAUUUUCUCCAGUUCAUUGAAGACAAGGGACUGAGGGCUUAUGAUGCUUUGGUGAUUCAAAAUGCCUCGGACAUUGCUCGUGAAAAUGAUCGCAUGCGGAAUGAAACAAAUUUGGCGUACCUCAAGGAAAAAAGUGAAAGAAGACUGAGGCAAGAGGAAGCAAUAAAACGCUUAGGUGGAGAGGUUGGAAAAGGAAGUGAAGGCACUUGCAUGGGAAAACACUUUCGUAUGGGAUUCAUGACACUGCCCGCUCCUCAAGACCGCUUGCCACAUCCUUGUGCCAGUGGCUUUUCAGUAAGGUCGCAGUCGCUUCAUUCUGUGGGGGGUGGCGAUGAUGAAAGUCAUGCCUGUGCACGCAAACAGCCGCCUCCAAAACCCAAGCGAGAUCCGAGCACAAAGCUGAGUAUCUCAGCAGAAACUGUGAAUGUUGGGCUCGCAGCAACGUCAGGAACAGGAGGGACACCAGUCGGAACAGGAUGGGCACCAGGAGCAGGAGGGACACCAGAAGCAGCUGGGACAUCAGGAACAGAAGGAACGCCAGGAUCAGGAGGAAUAUCAGCAACGGCUGGAAUAGGAGGGACACCAAUGGCGACUGGGACAGCGUUGAAAGAGCAUGACAAAAAUGCAGAACUGUCUCCAUCAGGUGAGAGUGAAAAGAUGGAUUAUGAAGAUGAUUAUGUAAUGUUGCCUCACGAUAAUGGUACUUCUAUCAAAUACGACCAGAUGAAAAUUAAAAUCAAGAGUGCUGCAAUCUUUUGUAAUCUAACCAACACUUCGGUAAACAUUCAGUGCCAUCAAGUUGUGGAACUAGCAGGCAUCCUCAUAUCCUCAUUCAUGAGGCUAAGGACAACUCAUGAGUUGUAUGCGUUGGCUGUCAUUCUCACUCUGCAGAUAAAGAAGAGUCACUUUCAGGCUGUGUGCCAUAGCAAGAAACAUCUACAGAAUAAGCAAAUAGAAAACCCUUCGAACAGUGAAAAGAUCCAUGAAAUAGAAGAUAUCAAUGAUAUUGAGAUGCUUUUCCAUGGGGAAAUUCAGGAACCAAGCAGAAGCUACCGAACUACUGAAAAUUACACUAGAGUCCGAGCUAUGCUGCAACACCUGCAAAAAGCAGGACUUCCACUGAACAACAAAUGCAAAUUCUCGCAGCUGACUCUCAAGUUCCUUGGACAUGUUGUGGAGGCAUCCAGUGUCAGAGCUGAUCCACAGAAGACAAGAGCAAUCAAGGAGUUUCCAGCUCCUCCCAAUGUGACUGAGCUCCAGAGAUUCAUGGGUAUGAGCAGGAUGUUCUGUUUGGUGGCCAGGUCUCUCAAAGUCAUUGGAAGAGAUGAUAUCAAACUGGAAUGCCUGUGCUAUUCAUCAUCAGGAGACAAGAGAACAGUUAAUCUCAUCUUCCUUCCCAUCAAUACCAUGGGAAUGUCUUGGAACGGACACAAACACAGAGCAUCAACAAAGCCCAGACCACACAGCGAUGAAUAUGGCAAGAAGAUACCGCCUCCUAAACCCAGGCGUGAUCCAAACACGCAGCUCAGCACAUCCUUUGAUGAAACGUAUGGCACAAAGCAUGGCAGCAGAAAGGCAAUGGCUGCGGCAAGCAAAGAGAGCACUUCAGGGCAAGCUUUUAGUCCAACCCAGGGCACUGAGGAAGAGGAGCCUGUGUACAUCGAAAUGGUUGGGAAUAUAUUACGUGAUAUUAAAAGGGAUGACGAUGAUCAAAGUGAAGCAGUUUAUGAGGAAAUGAAAUAUCCAAUGUUCGAUGAGGUGAUCCAAGAUGUCAAAUGGAUCAGUGCAGCCAAUUCAGAUCCUCAUUCUCAGUGUGCUACUCCUACUGUGCCUGACCUGGAAAUUACAAAGUCUUCAGUGCCAUCAACUCCAAAGGGCUUAUUUUGUGAGAUUCCACCUCCAUUUCCAAAUCUGCUUCCUCAUCGCCCCCCACUACUGGUGUUUCCCCCUGCUCCAACACAAUGCUCCCCAGCCUCUGACGAAUCCCCUUUAACUCCUCUUGAAGUCACAAAACUCCCAGUACUGGAAACAAACAUAUCUUAUAUCAAGCAAGCUGGUGCUUCUCCAUCAUCACUCCCAGCUCAGGCUUCUGGAUACCAGAAAAUAGAAAAAGACUUGCCACCUUCCCAUGGAAUAAGUGCAACUGGAAGGUCCUCCUCUCCACCACUCCCUUCAACUCUCUAUAGGACACCAUCACCUCACAGUCUUCAAAGUCACUUUAGUCACUCAAUAUCCCCAUCUCCAGUCACUAUGGGGCGGUCCAUGACUCCUUUAGGCCUAAAAAGACCCCCACCCUAUGAGUCUAUACAUCCAACACCGAGAUGUUCUUCCGCAGUGCCUCAGUCUACAGUGAAAACCCCAGUACAGGAAGGAGGAAAGACAGGGUCUUCUUCUCAUGGGUCUACACAUGCUGGGUCACGGUCCAGAACACCAACCAGUCCCUUGGAAGAGCUCAGUUGUCUCUUUACCUCAGGAAGGAGCCUGUUGAGGAAAUCAGCCAGUGGAAGGAAAUCCAAGGAACCCAUGGAAAAACCAGGGGAGGACCUAAAGGGACGGAGCCUCAGCACUGAACUGGUGCCAAAGGCAGAAAGCAAAGAGAAAGGGGCACAUGGUGCUUCAGGAGAACCAAUCAAAUCUCAGGAAUGGGAUGGAAGCCCUGGACCACCAGCAACGGUGUCCAGUCGAAUGGGAAGGUCCUCAGUCAGCCCGACUCUGUUAGCAGGUCAUAGCAGCUCAGACACCAUGCAGCCAGAGACAAAGACAAGCUGCAAGCUGGGCCGAUCUGCUUCUACUUCAGGUGUGCCUCCUCCAUCAAUCACUCCUCUCAGGCAGUCCAGCGAGACACAACAGAGCCAGGUACCAUCGCUACAAUGGUUCUACGGAGACAACACAAUACUUGAAAUGAUUGAGAAGAAGCGAUGUCUGUGCAAAGAGAUCAAGUCACGGCAGAAGCCAGAUAAAGGCCUUUGCAAACAAGACAGCAUGCCCAUCCUUCCAAGCUGGAAGAAAAAUAGCAUAACAAAGAACCUGAAACUGACAGCACCUCCCUGCACAAAACAGCAAACUGUUCUUUGGGACACUGCGAUCUGA